AUGUACAUGCUCAAGGGUGGCGCUGUGCCAAUCCCGCGCUGGAUCCUCAUCUUCCGCGCAUUCCAGCUCUUCUUCGCCGCGCUCCAACCCCCACUAAUCGCUACCAUAGUAAUCGCUUGUCUUACCAUCAUCCCGAUUCUGAUUCUUACCACUCCGCUUCAUCUCGCCCAACGAAAAUUUUACGAUCCGCGGAUCGCCCUACUACUCGAUGGCUUCGCGGCGUUGUUCUGGCUAGCUGCUUUUGCAUCACUAGCUUCGUACCAGGACAUCUAUUCGGAAUACGGACGCGACAGUGAGGUCGUGACGUUCAUCUUCGAUAACUGCUUCAAGUGUCGGAGGGCGUGGAGGUCUGGGGUGGCGGCGACAGUGUUUGCGGCUAUUGAAUUUUUGCUGUUCUGCUUCACCACGCUCGCCUUCGUAUACUACUUCCACUGCCAUCUAGCAGGUGUACAUGCACCGGGUAUCACGCAGCAAAAGGCCGAAGGCCCUGCUGCUGCUGAGAUGGGCGCUGCAACCGGGACGGCUCCUGGGACGACUGGAACUGCGGGUGCGCCUGAGGAGCACCAAAUGCAGUCAAUUCCUUACGAGGCUACGACGAACGGUGCUGGUAACCAUGGAGCGGGGAUCCCCGCCCCGCCUACUUCCGGAGGGUAUGGGAACACUACCCAGACUAGUAAUCCGCUUUAUCCGGAGUCGCCGACGAGGCCCGCUAGAGAAGGAGGUUAUGGCGGGUACGCGAAUGGGAGUAAUCAGGGUUAUGGAGCGGAGACUACGCGGCCUUGA